UUUUGAUAAGAUAUUGAGAGAUCUCCACGACCUAUCAACACAAUAUGCAGUUUCGCUUGGAGAUCGAACUCCGAUGAAAGUUGGCAUCUCCUCCGAUUAAAAACCCGAUAACAAGAACCCUUAGAUAUCUCUCUCAUGAUGAAUAAUAACACUCCAAGAAACAUGAGUAUCGAGCCGUUUAAUCGGCUGGUGAAGCUUACGGCUAGGGCGUUUUACGAUGACAUAACUAAAGGCGACAAUCAGCCGAAAACUGGCCGGAGCGACAACAGAGGGAUAGCCGUGGUCGUGCUCGACGCUCUCACAAGACGAGCAUGGGUUAGAGAAGAAGAUUUGGCAAAGGAUUUGAAAUUACACUCAAAGCAACUUCGUAGGACUCUUCGUUUUUUUGAAGAAGAGAAACUAGUCACUCGGGACCACAGGAAAGAGACUGCUAGAGGGGCAAAGCAAUAUAGUGCUGCAGUAGCUGCCACCUCUGAUGGACAUUUUGUAAAAGAAGGAGAUGAAAAGGUUAAGCUGCACACACACUCUUACUGCUGCCUAGAUUAUGCACAGCUAUAUGAUGUUGUUAGGUAUAGACUGCACCGAAUGAAGAAAAAACUUAAAGAUGAAUUGGAGGACAAGAACACUGUUCAGGAGUAUAUUUGUCCUAACUGUGGAAGAAGAUAUAAUGCUUUGGAUGCGCUGCAGUUGGUUUCGAUGGAAGAUGAGUACUUUCACUGUGAAAAUUGCAAUGGUGAACUUGUUGCGGAGAGUGACAAGUUGGCUGCUCAAGAAGUAGGAGAUGCUGACGACAACAUGAGGAGGCGGCGUCGUGAAAAAUUAAGGGACAUGCUGCAAAAUAUGGAGGUCCAGCUUAAGCCAUUAAUGGAACAACUGAGCAGAAUUAAAGAUUUAACUGCCCCUGAAUUCGGAAGUCUCCAAGCAUGGAGAGCUCGGGCAAGUGCUGCUGGCCAUGCAGCAAAUGGUGAUUCCAGUUCCCAUGAUCCUUCCAAGUCUUCACAGGGGCUAGGGUUUGGUGGAACACCAAUGCCAUUCCUUGGAGAGACGAAGGUUGAAGUUGCCUUUUCUGCUGGAGAAGGCUUGGAAGAAGAUGUCAAAUCGGAAAUUGCAAAUACUGGUCUGAAAGUUUUGCCACCGUGGAUGAUCAAGCAAGGGAUGAACCUUUCAAAGGAGCAACUUGGAGAGCUGAAGCAGGAAUCAAAAAUGGAAUAUCCAGCAGCUGUCGGAUUGUCUGAUGAGAAAAAGUCAACCAGUGAAAAUGAUGAUCAGAAGACAUUACAGGAUGAGUAUUUUAAAGCAUAUUAUGCUGCUUAUUUCAAGCAGCACCAAAAACUAGAAGAUACUAAGAAAGAACAGGAGUCGUCAAACACAUCCAUUUCCUAUGACCCUUCUAGUACAUCUUCUAAUCGUCAAGUGGGCAUGAAGAGUAAACGUGAAGAGGAUCAAGGCAAAGACAAUGUUGACUGGGAAGAUGCUCCAAUCUCUGGCAAUACAGGCGAAAACUACAAGGUCAAUGACUUGAAUGCUGAAGCAGAUGCCGCUGGAGAGGAUGAGGAUGAUGUGGACUGGGACGAAGGAUAAAGAGCAACGAUUUCAUACCAAGUGCAUUAGUAUGUUUCUGUCUCUGAGUUAUGAAGUGUUGUGGCUAGUUUGCUUUGUUUGAAGUUCUUUGACCUCCAAAUAAAUUGUUGCCAUUAGCUAUGCUUGUGAUAUCGUGAAUAUGUGGGGAAUGACGUGUGCUGAAAUGACGGUAAUGUAUUUCUAUUGUUUCUGUUUUCAUUAACGAAAGCUUGUAUAUUGUGGUAACAGAACGUGUUAUAUUUUCCUUUGGCAGGAAAGGGAAAACAGAAUUUUGUUAGUAAUAUUCACAGGAAGCCUCGUAGGCAGGCGUUAUAGAUUACACUGAUAGACAGAAGAUUAUGACACCAACAGCAGUGGUAAUUGAUUAAUGGCAAAGAUCCACUCAGGUUUCUGAGUUCUCGUGGUUUGUUUUUGGGUUAGCAUGGCACUGUUGGUAAAAGCUUCCCCUGGAAUUGUAUCAUGUGCAUUUUGUGGUUGUACUAUUAGUGAAAAAAAAAAUCUUUUUUACCUGUCAUCAUAAACUCACAGUUGUGGUGCUGAGGUAAACCUUUGGAUAUUAAUGCCCUCACACCCUUUUUAAUUUUUUAAGAUUUGGUUUUGAUAAUGAUGAUGAUUGCUUAUCUUCUGGUUAUGGCUGACAA